AACUAAAGGUUGUUUAUCGCUCGACGCGGACGCUGGCCAACGCUGGCGUCGGCUCAAAGUUCAAAACACGAAAGUUUGUGCAUGUAUGCUCGAAGGUGUGGUUCACUCAUCGCUCCAUUACUCACCCAACGCUCGCACGAGUACCAUGACGCGACCGCAGUGACAGUAUGAUGAGGUAUCUCAUACAGACGACAGCGCUGGGGCUGGUGAUCUUCGCCAGUUCCAGCGACGGCCAGUGGUCAAACCAGCGGCCGUACCCUUCCGGUGGUGCGCCCCAGCAGCCCGAUUUCUCGUCGAACCGUAACCCAUCGGGCUCGUUCUACAGGCCGGACAGCACCCGUUUCGGUGGCACGAGCCUCUACUACGCCGAACCGACCGAACUCCACCGGUACAGCGAUGCCCGAUGCGACAUCCGAUCGACGACGCAGAUCAGCAUGACCAGGACUGCGACCACUCCCGCGGGCGUCUUUCUGGGUCGGAUUAUUUACCUGUGCGAUCUGCCCGAGUACACGCGGAACGACCAGAGACCCGUGUCGCAGGGAGGGGUCGAACACAGGAACGAGAGGAUAAACUAUCCGUCCAGUGCUGUCGCGUACCUCGGCAUCCCGUACGCUCUGCCACCGCUCGGACACAACAGGUUCAGGGAGCCUCAGGCCCACCCACCCCUGGGGAACGUCCAGGCACUGCAGUUUCGCGACUCGUGCGUCCAGCACAUUGACUACAAGGGACAGCACAUGGGCAUCCCUUCUACUAGCGAGGACUGCCUCUACCUGAACAUUUACACCCCAAACCUGGAAGACGUUAGCAGACGGUUUGCGGUCAUGGUGUACAUUCACGGCGGCGACUUUGACCACGGUUCUGGGAACACGUUUCCUGGCCACAUGCUCGCCGCAUCACAAGAGGUGGUCGUCGUCACCUUCAACUACCGCCUGGGGGCACUUGGGUUCCUGGCGACGGGCGACGAUGUGUCUCCCGGCAACUAUGGGCUGCUGGACCAGGCAGCUGCCAUUCAGUGGGUGCACGACUUCGUCGAAGGUUUUGCCGGCGACCCGAGGAGAAUCACCCUGUUUGGACCCGGCGCCGGUGCGGCCAGUGCGGGCUUACACAUGGUGCACCAGAUGGGACGGCGUGACCUGGCCUUCCAGCGGGUGAUAGCGCAGGGCGGCUCGGCGAUGGCGGAGUGGGCGCUGGACCAAGACCCGAUUCGCAUGCGGAACAUGAGCUACCUGUACGGGGAGCAGGUGGGCUGCGGGGGCCACACUACGCAGCACCUGGUCAACUGCCUCCGCAGCAAGGGGAACAGCAGCUCCGAGUUCACCCUCGCACGAGUCACACCCUUGGUUGGGAGGCUUGCCUGGGGCCCAGUCUUGGAUCGCCACACGCGCGCCCAGGCGGAGAGCAUAGUGCCCGUCGCGCCAGAGGAGUUUUUCCGGGACCUUCCGCCGAGGGAGGCGGAGCUAAUGCGGGAGCAGGUGGCUUACAUGACAGGCGUCACACGCAACGAGGCUUCUUACAUAGCACGGGAGGACAAGGAGCUGAAGGCAUCCAAGUACUCGAUGGGCCCCGAGCUGUUCCGGCUGUACCUGCAGCGCUAUGCCAGGCAGUUCAACUUCUCACUCAACGAGGAGGCCGCCGUCAGCGCCCUGUCCUUCAUGUACACCCCGUGGAGCGACCGGGACAACCGCUCCCUGCUCAUGCAGGGAUACGUGGACAUGCUCUCAGACUCCUACUUCGUGGCACCCCAAGACAAGACAAUCAAGCUGAUGCUGGACAAGGGGUUCAAGGUGUAUGCCUACGUGCUCAACUACAGCCUCGACAGCUACCCCAAGGAACAGUACCUCAGGCGCUCCUACGACUGGGAUGCGGUGCCGCACGAGGUGGUGGACCUGAUGGUUUCGGGGGCUCCCUUCAUGGACCCCAAGUUCUACCCGGACAACCUGGAGCUGAGCGGGAUCGUCUGGAGUGAGGGGGACCGCAACAUGAGUCAGCUCUUCAUGCAGGCCUGGGCUAACUUCGCCAAAACCGGGGACCCGAUGAAGCCGACAUCGCUGUUCGGGACCAUCGUCUGGGAGCCCGCAACGAAGGGCAACCUGCAGUACCUGUCGGUGAACGGGACGUACUACGAGGCGCUCAACUCGUCGAGCUUCCUGCUGCGCGACUACCGACAGAAGGAGGCCCAGUUCUGGAACGCCUACCUCCCAGACCUGCUGCUGCGGCCCCCGGCCACCUGGCCGCCCUGGGAGGCGCCCCUGGCCCGGGAGAACCGCAUCGUGACUGCCUCCUUGUGGGGGGUCACGGCCGCCGCCAUGCUCUUCCUCCUCCUCGCCGUGCUGGGCUUCUGCUGCUACUGCAAGGCGGCAAGCCGACAUCUGGUUGACGAGGACGAAAUUCCGCGCGCAUCAAUGCAUUCCCUGACGGAAAGUACCAAUAGCAUCAGAAGAAUGGAGUUUAAGAACAGGUACGCUUCGUCCGAAGAUCCAGGAGAGUUGAAGUCCCUCAAGAACACUAGCGUGUGACAGAGAAGCUUGCGGCUGGGCCGCGUUGAGUGACCCGAUCCUGUACAUAGGGCCAGCGAUCGUUGUACAAACCUUGGGACCAAGGGCAGUUGGAGCCCUAUGGCUCCAUGAUCUCCAGUUGGGAACACAAGUCAGCCCGAGUGUAUGUGUUGUGCCUGGAACGUGCUGUUAGAUAGAAAGCGGGAAUGCGAGUUUCAUUGGUUAAGGCAGUGCACCGACAUCGCCCCCUGCCGGCUGUUUAUUGGAAUGCAUUUUUUUAAACUGUGGCGAUACGCUUUAUCAGGUUUAACUGGUGUCAACACAUGUCAACGAUGUACUUGAUUCACAACAUCAUUCAUUUUGUGCCAUUGUAAGGUCAUGUGGAGCAUCCGAAACACGGUGGCUGUGCAGCCUUAGGCCAUCCAUUGCGAGCCUUUCACGCAGUAUCGACGAGACGUAGCCACCGCAUAGUGAGCGCCGAAUUCACUUGUUUUUAAUGUCGAUCACAUUUCAGGUUCCUUACCAUUUCUGCUCAUUACGAGAGGUUAUCCCUCGCUCCUUUCCAAUCGUGCAUUUGUUUCCAGGUUGCUAGACUAGCUAGGUAGGGUCGCUCGGCAGCAAGCUGCGACUGAAAAGAAUGAGACAACAGGCUGGUCCUAAAGAGUGUCUUUUAGCAUGUAGCAGUAGUUUUUGUGAUGUUGCGAGAGAAUUGGGUGGCAAUGACGUGGAAUGUACGGGUGCACCAACGUGGCUCCUAAGGCUGUGCUAUAUGUACUCGUACCUUAUUUUUCCUCGUUUAAUUACCUCAAAUACAUACGUGGCUCGACUGGUAUCGAGGACGAACAAUAUGAAUAGUUUUCCAUGGCUUGCAGUAUAAAGGAACCAGAUCAAAUUGAUGUGCAGAAUAUAUCGGCCAACCAUAGCUCAGAUCAAAGGGUUUUAAAAGGCCAUCAGAGUGGACUCGGUUUGAAAUGAAAGCUCAACACACUGAAUUUACAUAAUCGUAGAAAAAUUGUGUGUUUCAAACGAAAUGAAAUGAAGGUGUCUGUAUGAUAACUUGUUUCUCGCCAUCUCAGUUAUGCCUUCUGUCAGGAAAAUGCACAUCCUUUUUCAUCCCAGAUUGUUCAUCUAAAAAGCAUCAUUGCAGCAUGCAUUCCAUAAACUUAAGGGAGGAGUCACACCCAAAAUAGAACAAACAUGCGCAUUGUUGUCAGUUUUUAUACAAAGUUGUUCGACAAUGGUUGGAGCUUAUCGUUGCAUAUCUAGCCGGCAGAUCAGACACUCUCACACGCGGUGCGCAAGUUGUUCUAGUGAGAUGCCUGUCGCAGCUGGUCACUUUCCGAGUUUCCUUGGUUGGGAGGUUUCGGCGCAAGAUUGUACAUCAAUACAAGCAGCCAUUGGGCAUGGACGUAAUUGCUCCUAACUCAAACUAUCUCCAAGUUUGUCUUGCAACAUAAAUGUUGCAUUAAGAGUUGUUUGUUUUUUAGGGGAAAGUGCACUUUAUGACGUACGUGUCCAACCAGAGCAUUUUACAAAAAACUUUCUUUGGGAGCAUGGUGCUAAAACGAUUUGUGCCAGGAAAUCUUUCAAACCAGCAGCUCGGAAAAAUGCCCAUUUGCCUUGCGCACUGCCACGGCGGUUCGGGACGUUUGUCCCGAUGCACUGUUCACUGCUAGCGUGUACGUGUCACAAUGUUUACUCAUUCCACAACGACUGUCUCACAGAUUUUUGUUAAUCAUUCUUGUUUUCUGUUGACGAUCAUCAAAAUGCCGUCGGUUUACAGCGGUACCUGCCUAGCCUCCGUCCAAGACAAAUGGCAGUUGAAAGGCUGCAGCUCUUUUUUGAGAACUGUUAAGCCUCCACUUUUGGAAUUGUUUUUUCCACCCGAACAAUCGUUUACAUGCUCCUUAGCAUCGCGGGAAAUGCAGCACAUCCUUUUAGUUAAUGCAAAGCAGCGUCGUAUUUCCGCUUAAAGCUCAGUCGGUCCGUGAACGGCUGCUUGAUUUGUUGCAUUUCUGGUGAGGUGGUCACUCACCCAAAGGUUUGCUGGCACCGUGCCUUUUCAAAUAAACACCUUUUCAAACACGGC